AUGGGGGAAGACGAGACCGUGGAUUUUGAGUCGUUGAAGCAGACAUUCGUGUUCUGGAACAUAGAUGACUACCCAAUCCCUGUAGAUGGUAGCGUUGAUCUUAGUCCUGUUUUUGAUGAUAUGUCAAAAGCUCUGGAUGUAAUGGGUUUUCGUGAUGGGUAUAUGGACGUGACAUUGUAUUCUGAGCAAGUCAGUUGUGACAAAAAAGAGUCCGAACUAUUCAACCACUGGUUAAUCGAAUGUAAGUCUUAUGCGGCUGGUGUUUUCGAAGUGCCGGAUAUCACUUUGCGUAUGAUUCGUUUCGCAUCAAUGCUUGGACCAGGACCAAUAAAUUUUUUGGUAAUAGCAAAACCAAAAAGGGAGUUGCACAGGGUUCUGCAGUGUUUGAAAUCUAGGCGUCACAAUGUUGUCCUAGUAGAGCCGCCUCCUGAUGUAGAAUCAUAUCUGUUUACUGUAGAGACUCUACUUAAUAAUGCAAGACUUUUGGGUGGAGGAAAGCCUCGGUACAAAGCUCGACAUAGUCAUCGUACGUAUCAGUAUGAUCUCGAUGUUGAAAAGGAUCAAGUAGUGACCAAAGAAGAUGUCUCCAAGACGGUAGAUUUCUCCGAGCGUAUCCCAACCGUCAAAGGGGUUAGGACAGCUGUCUUCUGGGAUGCCGUGGAUUGCCCAUUCCCUCUUGGUUCCACUCCUGAUGAGAUCUACCACUCUAUCUCAACAGCUCUUGUGGCAAGGGAGUUUGAUGAUAACAUUACCAUCUGGGCCUAUCUUGAUGAUGAUGACAAGAGGUUACUGGGUGACAAGACGUGGCUUUCCAGAAUCCACUUCCUCCCCGGAGGGGAUGAACGACGUGCCAGAAUGUUAAAUGACAUUUAUUUAUGGGAAAGGGACUCUCCUCAGGUGGACAUGAGUUAUGAAGCUAGUUUGUUCAUAUUCUCAGAUCAGUUCGAAGAUGCCGCCUACUACACCGAUAUGCUUAAAAAAUUGGGUGUGCUUUACGAUCUUUUCGUAGCCACUCCCAAAGGAUAUGCUUCAAGAAUUGGGUCCUCUUCUCAGACUCUGGACAUUAACAAUCCAGAAAGCCCUGAAUGGCCUGGAUUGCUUAUGGAUAAAGGCGCAUACUUUUUUAAUGAUGAAACAAGCCAUGUCUCUCAGGAACCUUCUUCUCUCACGCUGCUUGAAGCCGAUGAUGCCACCGCAGAAGAAGAAGAAGAAGAAGAAGAAAGACCUGAGAUGCUGAGUGACAUGGAGGAUUACAGAGACGAAGAAGAGAUGCUUGUUGACACUCUUCCCUUGGAACCUCGGACUGAUCAUGACGCCAUGAACUUACCAGGAUGGCCAGGCUGGGAAAGCUUUGAUGCAAAGCAUGACAACUUUGAUGACAUGUAUCGCUGGGAUCCUAUUACUAUGAUGUACAAACUAAAGAUACUAUUUACCAUAGAGGAGGAAGAAGAAGCCAAAGCCGAAGCUGAUGCAGCGGCCAAAGAAGAAACACGUGGAAAGCUUUAA